AUGGCGCCCGUGUUGCCUCCCAACACCCGCCCCACCAGUCCGCUGGCCCCCACGCCGCGCUUCUGGAGACCCCCUCCCGCUUCCAUCCUGCGCCAGGCCUCGGACCGUGUGGAUGCCCUGCACGUGUCGGGGCACCCCUCCAGCGUGGCGGUGGAGGCGGUGGGCGAGCUGCGACUGCCCUGGACCCGCGCGGCCUACGCGCUGACCUGGCGCGGGCUCACCGCGCUGGUCUCCCUGGCCGUGGCCCUGUUUGCGGCGCACGCCUCCCUCCUGGCCGUGGCCAUCAUCCCCAUGGCCGCGCGCUACGGCUGGGACCCCGCCUCCCAGGGCGUGCUGCUGUCGGCCUCCUACUCGGGCCAGCUGUGCAGCCAGCUGGCCGGCGGCCUGCUGGCCGACCGCUGGGGCGGGCGCGCGCCGCUGGCCGCCGGCGUGGUCGCCUCCUCCCUGGCCAGCCUGCUCACGCCCGUGGCCACGGCCGGCGGCCGCGGCGGCCUGGUGGUCGUCCGCGUGCUGCUGGGCCUGGCGCAGGGCGCCGCCACGCCCGCCGUGCACUCCCUGCUCUCCGCGCACUGCCCGCCCGCGCGUCAGACCACGGCCGCCGCGGCCGUCGCGGCCGCCACGCUCUUCGGCACCGCGCUGUCCGAUGACGGGCUGAGCGAGGCGGGGACCGACUGGAGCGACGGCGUGGCCACGGCCCACAAGGCCCGCCUCGCCGCGCUGCCCUCCGGCUUCGCGGCCCUCCUGCGCCAGCGCGAGGUCUGGGCCAUCUGCGUCGCCCAGUUCGCGGGUUCCUGGGGCGCGUAUGGCCUGCUGAGCUGGCUGCCCUCCUUCUUCCGCGACGCCUACGGCGUGGAGCUGGCGCGCCUGGGCCGCUUCGCGGUGCUGCCCUACGCGCACGCGGGGCUGGUGUGGGGCGCAGGGUCCAGCGCCGCCACCGCCGCCGGCCUCCUGGCCGUGCCCGUGUCGGGCGUGGUGCUGGAGGCCACGGGCUCCUGGGCCGCGGUGUUCGGCCUGGCCGCCGCAAUCUACGCGCUGGGGGCCGGCCUGUACUGGGUCUGGGCGGGGGGUGAGGCACUGCUGGCGGACGGCUGA